GCUCACGGCAUGCCACGCCAGUGCGAGCUAGCAAGAUCUCACAAGCCAUCUCAAUCCAUUCCUAAAUCCUAAUCCUCCAUCUAUAUAAUGCCUACUCCAACAGUCCAAUCCAUCUAGAGUUGUGUUCGUUCUUACUGAUCUCUGUUAGUAGAGGUAACUACCUUCCAUCGAAUCAUCUCCACUCUCCUGGUUCCUGAUCUCGCAGCAUCACCGCUCACCAGCUCUGCAGCUAGAGGCAGAGGCGGCCACCAUGGUUCCCGGCGGCGGGGCUCUCCAUCUCCGGCGCGCGGCCACCGGCGCGCGGCCAGACAAGUCUCGCCCCUGGACGACGCGGCUCGAGAGGGAGCUCGAGGGGCUCUGGGCCGACACGCCGGAGUGGUGCGUCCCCGGCGCCGACGCGACGGGCCGCCUCCGCUGGCAGGUCGUCGUCGUCGGCCCCGAGGGAAGCCCCUACGACGGCGGAGUCUUCACCGUCCGCGUCGAGUUGCCCCGCGACUACCCCUUCAAGGCUCCCAAGGUCACGUUCGCGACCAAGGUGUACCACCCGAACGUCGAUCCGAGGACCGGGCUGGUUUGCCUCGACUUCCUGACCGACAAGAACUGGUGGACGCCUGUGUGGACGGUGGACAAGAUCCUGCUGGUCGUGGUCUCGCUUCUGCACGAGCCUGUCAUGGACGGCGGCGCCAUCAACCGGGAAGCGGCGUACCUCUACAAGAGGAAAAGGCUCGUGUACGAGGAGAUCGCGCGGGCGACGACCUGGCAGCACGCGUCGGCGUCGGCAGCGCCACGGGAUGAGCCAUCGUCUUCGUCAGAGAAGGAGCGCCGCCCGUCGUCGUCCCGGGGCUUUUCCCAGCUGUGGCACCGUCUCAUGAGGAGGAUGGCGUCUCUUCGGACUUCAGGAUAGGAGGCAGGGCCUGCAGCUGCAGGUUGCCGGCCUCUUGCCUGCUGAGUGCUGACAGAAUUUCUGCUAUGCUGGAUGCUGGAGCUGGACACAUAGGUGAUGAGUGUUUCAUCUUCAGGCCAUUCUAUGCUUGCUACUAGCUUAUCAUUCGUAGCUCAUCAACUAGUGUCCGAUCAAUUAUGGAGAGAUUUGCGCGUUCUUCGGAUGGUUUAGAAAUUAGAAAAUGACUAGAAACACAUGCGCGGCUUUGCCGCGCCCUCCCUUGAGGGCAGGAUUCAAAAAUAUCAAUGAUGCUUAUAACGUCGAUAUAUGGUCAUUGGAGCCAGCAAAGCCUUGGAAACCUGCAUUGGUCUGUUAAUCUUGAGUUGCUAGUGGUACAACCAGUAUUCUUCUGACUGCUAUAAUUCUAGGUGUGAUAGUGAUUUCUAUAACUUAAACCAUCAGUACAACAAGAAAUUUUGUUGUACUACCAUAACAUAGGAGAUUUAGGUGAGCAUUCAAAGGAAGGCAAAUUUUGUUUUAAAAGCUGGAUACAACUUUUGUUGAAGAUUGCAGAUUGCUAGAUAAGGGUAUGCAAGUUUGCCUAAGUAUGGAUCACUGUCAUCAUCAAACUGAUGACCAAACUCUUUGACAUGAAAGCUACAAGAGAAUUUAACUGGUUUCUGUGUCUGCUCCAUUGUUCAUCAUUGAUCACCAAUUGCAGGAACAAGCAAGAGUUGUCACACUUGAGCCGCACCCUACUUGCUUUGUACGAAUAAUUACGAAUUUGUCAUCCUGAGUCUUCGCUUUAAACCAAGGACAAUUGCAUUGCUAAGUACAUCAUGCCUUAAGUUCUAGAAAACCAUGUAUACAUCAUGCAAAUGAAAGCUAUUGCCAUGUUUGCUGGCAUUCUUCGAUUCAGAACAGUUUGCUUAGUAGUUGCCUUGGUAAUUGUCGUUUCACACCUAUGAAAAACUGAUAGUUUUGGUGCAAUUCUAUUAUAUUAAUUAAUAUGAUUAUUUCAGAUAGGUAUUUAAAUAAAAUAUAUAUUAAAAGAAAUAUAAUCUUCAGUAAAUAAGAUGGAGGCGUAUCAAUUGUCAACCAUGAAAUAAUCAACAAUGGUUGCAAUAGAAUUAUAACUUUAUAGAGAGGUACCUAUCUCAAAAGGAUUCAUGUCUCUAGAUCAUUCUUGAAUUCAAUGUGUAGACUGAGCUCUCUUUUCAUCAUCCUUUUUGGUCCUUAUAAAAAUGGUUGUGCCUUAAUGCCUAGGCGUAUGAUACAUUGUUCAUAUAGGAGUUCAAAAGCAAGCUUGUUAAUUCAAUACAUCUGCUUUUAAAGCAUUGCUUGUUGAUCGUUGUAAAAUGAAUAUAUGGUAAAAGAUCUUACUCUGCUAUAUCAAUUAUUCAGAUAAUAUGUUAUUAUAUGAUACAUUCAAUGGGACAAUGCAAUUCUUAUUUCGGUAGGUUGCACAGUGCCUUACAAAGGAGAACGAAACCUAAACAACUAUGAAGCUGUGGAGUGUGAGGAAGUUUAUGAACAUCCAUGGAAAGAAGCAAAUCUGUGAUCAAAGAGCCAGCCAUAUUUAACCUUGCAGGUAAAUAGGAAAGUCCAAAGAUGCUGUCAGGCUAAACAUUCAAAUUAGCAGCCAGGGAA